AUGUUAUCAUAUUAGUUUGGUGUAUUUGCCAGUUUGUACUUGUAGUAUUCUUUGGUUGGAUAUGCUAUAAAUAGAGAAAAGAAAAAAAGGAAUUCGAAAGAAAUAUAACUAAUUUCGAGAGGUAUAACUAAAAUUCAUCUGUAUCAUAAAAUAAUAAUUCUAAUGGUAACAACGAAAGCAAUUAGUCUCUUAUGCAAAAUUAACAUUAACACUGAAUCUCAAAAUUAAAAUUUAUGUAUCAAAUUUGUAAUAUUUAUUCUUUUUCUAUAUUUAUUAAAAAAUGAAGCUAGAUAAGCUGCAAAAAACUACAGAUUUUAUCAUAAUCAAAACAAUCAAUUCUCAUAGAAAAUUAUAUAUUAACAUUUUAUUAUAAAUAUUUAAAACAAUUAGUGUUAUUUAAUAUGA